AUGGAUGACGAUCAUAUACGUCGUAAACUGCGAGCUAGCAUUAAGUACGAUACUCUGCAGGAGGUUUUAUUGAAUCUCGAAUAUGACAAUGCGUUUGGUGGUCUAGGGCCUAAUGAGGAGGAGCUCCUAAAUAUCUACCGCGAAGUGUGGAGUGAAUGUCACAUGGGCAGGUCCUCUUUAUCAAGUACCAGAGAUCGUCCUAGUUCCGAUAUUAUCGAUCUCUUCUGGAGCAGAUUUGAAGAAAAAAUCGAUGAAAAAUUGGCCUCCUUGGGAGCUGAUCUUAUGAAAAUAGAGGAUCCCGAAUCAAUUAGGCAAUCAAUUAAAAUUCAACAAGGAAAGCUUUUCCGACAAGUUGCGCAAUUAUCAGAACUUACCUCGGAAGCCGUUUCUACACAAAAGGCAUUAUUUCACCGAAGGGAGAAUAUGCAGAAAGAUCUUAUCAAAGCCCUUGGUCGCGUUUUAUCUCGUGAAGUUAAGGUUCUUGCUACCCAGACUAACAAACUUGAGGAGAGGAUAAACACUUUCCUCCUUCAACCUUCUCAAAGGGCAUUCGACCUCCAAUCAAAUUAUACAGCUCUUCUAAAUGAAAAAAGUGAAUUAGAAGCUCAGGUUUCGAAACUUACCGACAUUGUAAACACGUACAAAGCCAAUGAACGUCGGUAUCUUGAAUUGGCUUGUCAAAAGGUCGAUGCACAGCGUCAAAUAAACUACAUUCAGAACCUCCAAAAGCAGCAAAAAGGAGAACCAGAACAGGACUUUAGAAUGCGAAGAGAGGACGAAAGAAGUGGCUUAGGAGAGGAGGUUGAAGGUGACAUUUCCAUUAGUUCUGGAAGUAAACAACGGACAGCUGAGGAACUGGAAAGGGUAGAAAAUAAUCGAAAGAAAGCUUUGGAUCUCUUAACUUCUCGAUUAGUUCUUGAUAGCCCGGCCAAUAUUGUUAUAAAGGGAGCCCCGGUUCAUCAUUCUAAACCCCUUGAUACGGGAGGUGGGUUCUUUAUUGAUCCUCCUCCUCUGUCCCAGAGUCAAGGAGUGAUACACUUUGAAAAAUCCGAGGAGGAAACUGACCCAUCUGAUGAGGAAUUAGCUGACCUAAAGCGUCGCAAAAAACGUCGAAGAAAGUUACUACCACCAUCGCAACAAUCCCCAUCUAAAGAACAACUUCCCUCAUCUCAACAUCCUCCAGAAGCGACCUUAAUUGUUCCUCGUCCACCGGAUGAAGAAAAACCUCUCUGUGAUGAAUGCUCUCGAGCAUUCGACGAUUCCUUCCUUCUUAGCAAUUUUGACUGUCAAGUCUGUGAUGGCUGUCGGGACUACAAAGGGAUUCAUAGUCUAAUCACCCGAACGUCAGCGAAAGAUCGAUAUUUACUCUCUGAUGUUGAUUUAGAUGUACGUGAACCACCUCUUAGGCGAAUAUAUAAGAAAAAUCCACGAAAUUCAACUUGGGGCGAUAUGCAACUUUUCCUUGAAGCCCAGGUUGCUGCCCGAUCAUUGGAAGUCUGGGGAAGUGAAGAAAAUGUAGAGGCGGAGAGGUCAAACCGAGCCGUCAAGCGUGAGAAAGCUAAGGAACGCGGAUUUCAAAAGAGAGUUAAGGAGCUUCGACUUCAAGUACGAAGUAGUCUUUAUACGAAGAAGUCGGCUACACACGAACAUACCUACGGUCCUGAAGCUUACGAUGAGGCAACGGAUACCUAUUCGAAAUCCUGCACUUCUUGUGAUCAUAAAAUGACUUUUGAAAAGAUGUAA